GCUUGCUUAUUGGUCUGGAGGUAGUGUUGUAAGAUGGCGCCGAGCGAAAUAUGAGUGGUUGAGAAAAAGAAAAACUACUAGCUUGGCAUCUAGAGAAAACAACGCGAAUUACGCAAUUUACCAGCCUUGUCGAAAGGUCAGUAGCACCUCGCGUAGCAACUUGUUGAAAGAUUAACGCCGUCAAGAGGGCGAGAAUAUAUUCGUGAGUCGCUCGAGCGUUCGGCCCGGUUGAGGAAGAGAGGUUAGCUCACGCGCCUGUGAGAGUUAGCCUGUUAGCCUCUAAAAUAACAGAACAUGUAAUAGGUGUAUCCUGAACGACAGUGGGGGGAAACACCAGCGUGUGUUGCAUGCAAAUUGCAUAUAAUCUUCUUAUUCGGUGCUAAACAACCUUAGAGUGAUGGCAUCGCUGCACUGUCCAGAAAGCUGUCCGGGUUUUAUUUGCAAACAACACGCGGCUAGUUAGCAGUGCACCUGGCUAACCUAGCUCGUUGUGUAAUCAGCUGCUAGAUUAGCCUUCAUAGAGACAUUGCACCACGCACUUGAACGUAACUCGGCUGUUGUGUAAAUCUUGCAUGAUUUCAUUCUGCAGCAGUUUUCACGGCAGCUUUGAAUACUGCAUCGGAUUUGGAAAGUGGCCGCGCUUUUGUCCCUGCUCGCACUCAGAUAGAUUUAACCCUUUCCUAUUACCACUUCUCUGUGCUGCCACUGGACAGCCAUCGGCGGAUCAGUCUAUUACAAGUUUCAACGUAGUGUUUUGUUUCAUUUUGCCAUUAAUUUCAAACAUCUCUAAAUGAAACUUUCCCAAAUUGUAGAUCUCCUGCAUAGAAGACAACACCGUCUGCAGUAAUGAACAACUCUCUGGAUGGCACAGGCUCUUAUGAGGAGCUUGUGAGGCAGAAAGCUCGGAGCAUCCCUCAGCAUCGCAUGAAGGAGUUCCUUGAAUCCUUGGCCAACAAGGGUCCAGAUGCCCUGCAGGAGUUCAGCCAGCAAAGUGGAGAUACUACAACUACCACCACCACCAUGGUCUAUCAGCAAGAGGCGAAUUGCAUCUAUACAGACAGCACAGAAGUGGCAGGCUCGUUGUUGGAGCUGGCUUGUCCUGUGAGUUUGUGCACUAAAAAGUCCAGGUUAAUAAGUUGAACAGGACUUUUGUUUACGCAGCUCUCUAAAGGAUACUGUUUUCUGAUGCAGGUUCAAGUGCAGGUCCAACCACAGCAGCAACAGAUACAGGAGUCAACGUCCCAGCAGCAAGUUGUACAACAAGCAGAGCAACAGAUAGUACAGGUUAUAAACUCUUUCAUCAUACCUGUGCAUUAUGUGUAUAUUAGACCCACGCUUAAAGGGAUAUUCUGGCGUAAAAUUAAGUUGGGGUCAAACACACUGUAACACUGUGGCUGGCACCCUAUAUGUACUGUUAAUGAAGUUAGGUGCUGUUCUGAGUAUUAUUUGUGGUUAUAGAGUGGCGUUUUGGUUGAGGUUUGUUUUGUUAUUACUGAAGUUGGUAUAACUAGAGAAGCAAGUGGUCGGCAACAUUCAUCUUUUGAGGGGUGUCUAACUCGGUGUUGCAGUGUGUUUGAUCCUGAAUUAAUUUUACGCCGGAAUAUCCCUUUAAUGAGGACUAUUUAGUUCCAGGAUUUUAACUCUUAAGGAAUUAAAUUGUUUGCUGUCAACAAAAUAUAUAACAUGAGGAUUUUUACCACCCCACAAGGGUUCAGUUAACUAUGUCAAGCUGAGAGCCUAAAGCUUCUAAAUUUGAGGUGCUGUUACUAAUAUAAACUUCUUAAUGCCAUCUCCAUAUUUAGGUGCAGAUCCAGGGCCAGCAGCAGGGUCAGAUGCUGGGUCAGGUCCUCCAAGUGCCCUCUGGCUCCCAUCAACAGCUUCAAGGUGUGACCACUGCACAACUGAUUCAGCCUGGGGAACUAACUGAGGAACAGCAGCAGCAGGUACACACAUGCACAAAAAUACACCACCCAUUUUAAUGUCAGAGUUAAAAUUGAUCUCUAAUUAUCAUCUUCUCUGUGUUGUAGCUGCAAGCACAGUUGGUGGCAGCCGUUGCAGGAGGACAACAAAUCCAGAUCCAGACAGUGGGGGCCCUCUCUCCUACCCAGCAGCAGGACAACACAGAGAGGAGAGUACUGGGGACUGUUGCAACAUCACAGGGGGCAGGUGUCCUCCAGCCGGCCAAAAAGCGCAAGGUUGACAUGCCCAUCACUGUGUCUUAUGCCCUGCCGGGCCAGCAGGUUGCUACAGUCCUUGCCAUUCCCCAGGGACAGGGUCAACAGCAAAGUUAUGUGUCCCUACGGCCAGACCUCCUUACUGUGGACAGCUCCCACCUUUACAGUGCCACCGGCACCAUCACCAGUCCCACGGGGGAGACUUGGACAAUCCCUGUCUACUCUGCUCCUGCUGGUUCUGGAGGCCGUGAGCAGGUCACGCACAUUGCCAUCCCCCAGGAGGCCUACGGCACCGUGCAGGUCGCAGGGGCAAACACUACAACAAUGACCACAAUGCCAACACAAGUUACUGUAGAAAAUGACAAGCUGAAAAUCCCUGCCAGCCAGAGUCAAACAGCGCAGGCUGUUUCCAGCAUUACAAGCUCUGGAGGAAUGGGAGGCCAGGAGGAAGUGGUGCACACAUUGGCUGCAAACACGCUUUUCCCUGCCCAGCUGAUGAACGGGAACAUCCACAUCCCAGUGGCAGUGCAGGGCUACUCUAAUGCCACGCAGUCUCUUAUCUGGGAUCCACAGCAGCAGGUUCUGCACACACAGGGGCUGACAGGGCAGGAUGGACAACAGCUGCAGGUAAUUACCCGGGGGUUACCUUUUAUUGUGGUUUGGUUUAGGGCACAUACAGAGUGUCAAUCUCUUGUUUGCAGAAGAUAACUGUGUAUUUAUUCUGCAGGGUCAGACAGUUGUAGCAGAGGUAGAUGGUCAAGGACAGCAGCAGGUUCAGGUUCAGGAGCUGCUGCUGCCUGCUACUUUGAAGCCAGAGGAGGGGCUUGACGUGUGGAGGCUUUGGGCUCAGCGGAAAAAUGCUGAGAUGGAUAAAUCCGACAAAAAUAAAUUGGCACCAAUUGGCAGUAAGUGCGUUUAAAAAUAUAUAUACUUAAUUUUUUUUUCUAAAGUUGAACAGUGUUGUGUCUUAGAUUGAUUGUGUCUGUGCCUGUGUCUUAGGACGCCAGGCAUUGCGUUUCCAGGAGGACUUGGUAUCCUGUGCUGUAGCUGAGCUGUGUAUGGGCCUCUCGUUGAUGACAACAGAGGCUCGAGGGCUGGAAGAGGAGUCAUACGAGGCUGAUGUCCUCUACUAUGUUUUUCUGUGCAUACAAAAAGUAAGUUCACAUAAGCACGCUGUGGUCAACAUCUAUUCCAGCUGUGUUGGUACCUGGUUAUGAUGUGGAAACAUAGCUUGAAUAUUUGUUGUCCUCCUAAUUUUUUUCCUGCAGUAUUUGUUCGAUAACGGUCGCGUGGAUGAUGUUUUCUCGGAUCAGUACUACACCCGCUUUGCUCACAGCCUGCAUCAGAUCCUGGAUCCUUGGAGACCUUCUGUACAUCCAUUAGGUGAUGAUUGAAGUUGUUUCAUCAAAUGUCGAAUGCGUUUUGUGUCUUCAGUGAUGCUUCUACUUUGUGUGUCGCUGGUCCUACUUAAUGAACUGUCCAGAAUUUACAAUAUUCUACUAACAUCGUCUCCCAGGUUACGUUAUCCCCAGCCAUGUGACAGAAGAGAUGCUGUGGGAAUGUAAACAGCUGGGUGCCCACUCUCCCUCCACACUGCUCACAACUUUAAUGUUUUUUAACACCAAGUAAGUUUCAGCAAUUUACCCACAUCAGUCAUCAUACAUAAAUCAUUUCCCUGCCCUGCUUGAUCGACAUCUCUGCCCUCCAAACUCACAUGAUAACUGCUAUAACUCCCCUCUAUCAUUUUGGCUGCCAUGUUUAUCAUUCGUAUCUUUUCAACAGGUAUUUUCAGCUGAAGACGGUGGACCAGCAUCUAAAAGUGGCCUUUUCUAAGGUGCUGAGACACACCAGGAAGAGUCCUAACAACCCCAAAGACAAGAGCACCAGCAUCCGAUACCUAAAGUCUACGGAGAGAUUCAUAGGACAAAAAGGUGAGAGUGCAGAUAAAUGUGAUCAGUGCUUUAGAAAGGUCAUUUGAAAGAUAAGUGACGAUUCUUUGCUGUUUUUUUUUUUCAGUCACUGAUGACAUGUACUUAGAGCAGCUGGAGGACCCAGAGAACCCACUGCGAUGCCCAAUCAAACUCUACGAUUUCUACCUCUUCAAAUGGUAAAUAUGAAGCUGUCAUGAGAGUAACAUGGAUGAAAACAAAACAUUAUAUCAGAUAACCUCAUUUAUGUGUUGGUGCUCUUAGCAAUAAGGUAACAGUAGUUUAUUGUUUGAAUGUGACUAAAUGUUCUUGUUCUAAAACGAGUCAUUUGUUUCUUCUUAUGAUUGCCAACAUUAAAAGGAUUGUGUGAAGUAUUUUAGUUGCUGCUGUCUCUGCGGCUUCAUGUGUAAAUAAAACUCUUGUGUUAAUGUUAUUCAGAUGGACUAUGGCAGUGGUUCUCAAGUCCAGUCUUCGAGCCCCCCCUGUCCUGCAUAUUUUGGAUGUUUCCCUGCUCCAACACACCUGAUUCAAAUGAUCAGCUCGUUAUCAAGCUCUGUAAUGGCUUAAUAACGAGCUAAUCAUUUGAAUCAGGUGUGUUGGAGCAGGGACACAUCCAAAACAUGCAGGACAGUUGGCCUUGAGAACUGGACUUGAGAACGACUGGACUAUGGAAUACAGGCUGCAUUCAGUGUUCAAGUGGUUAAACUUGUCAGAACAUUGUUGCUAGGCAACUGACAGAAACACGGGUUCUGUAUAAUAAAUAACUCCCCUCUUCUCCUCUAAAAAGAAGUGAGCACUUUUUUUGUUUCUCACAACAUCGCAAUUUGCCCAAGAAUAAAAGGCAAGAGACUCAUUUGGCCGUUACUGUCAGCGUCCUUCACAACCUGUGAGAACAGAGAAAAGGACUCUUCAAAGAUAGAACAGCACAGUACAUGUUCACUGUUUAAUCUGUAGACCUAUUUAUUAGGUACUCGCAAAAAUUCCCUCUUCUACUCUAAGGUCUGUGCUUCUCCUUGUUUGACAUGGUUGUGAACUAAAGCUCCCAGACUUUUGAACUAUCGGUUUGACCUGAAAAAUGCUUUAAACACCCGGUCAAUAAAUCCAGCUUGUAAAUGUGCUCACACUCUUGUGUUCCUCUGUCAGUCCGCAGAGCGCUAAAGGUCGCAACGACACCUUCUACCUGACCCCUGAGCCUGUGGUGGCUCCAAACAGCCCCAUCUGGUACUCCACUCAACCCAUCCCAAAAGAACAGCUGGAACAGAUGCUCGCCCGCAUCCUCGUCGUCCGCGAAAUCCAGGAAGCCAUUAACAUGUCGGAGAGCAUACACUAGUUGGACGAGAGGAGAACAAUGAAAGGACUAGACUCUUCCUCUUUUUCUUCACCCAGCCUUUGAUUGCUCAUUAUCAGUAGAUUUCAGUUCUCUCUCACCCUCCUGUGGUCUUAAAGGGUGGCAUGUAUAUGUUUAUAUUCAUUAAAUGUCUGCAUAUCUUACACAUGGACUGUACAUACACAUACAACCAAUACAGAUAUUGGUUUGUCUUCAUGAGGCAAUCUGUCAACUGUAACCACGUGUUUAUUUUUCCUCCUUUUUUUUCUUCGGCCAAAGGAUGUAGUGUCUAAUCUUUUUUAUUGGACCUGAACUCUAAUUUAAAUGUAAUUUUAACUGCUGGUCUCCCUCACCAAUAGUCUGGAACAAGUGUUAAUUUUCUUUCCUCUUUUUGUUUUAAUCUGUAAUAUAUUUCUUAUAUAUUUUCACGGGUUGGCCUGCGCUAUGCUGCUUUUCCUAUACACUGACUUUCUUUCCCUCAUCUGCCUUUUCUCACCGUUGAGUCUCAGUAAAUACCUCUGCGGUAUUAAGACUGCAUUAUGUAGCCAAAAGUAGGCUAAAGGCUCAUUUCAACUUUGUGUGAAUUGCCCCUUUUUUCUUUGUACAGAAAUCACACACAGUGAACUCUGGGGAUGACCUUUCUCUGAUAGAGAUGCUACUCGGUCUGUAGCCCCCCUCCCUCCUCUCCUGCUGGACUAGCUUAGCAGCAUCAGACCACAUCAGGACACAGACCUGCAAUACAGUGUUGUCAUUGGACGUGCAGUCGCUAGCACUUGCCACACGGUGGAGACGUGGCAGAGGGAAAACGCAGGAAGCUUACCGCUGCUGGAUCCACCUCUCUUUCUUCUGACCAUCAUGGACCCCAGCCAACCCUCCUUACCCCCCCUAACAGGGGUCUAUUGUAUCAUACAUGUUUAUUACAAAGCAGAUGAAAGACUCUUACAAAGUGGGUUAGCCCUCUUAUGUUCUAUAAUGUAUAAUACUCAUAGCUCCUUCAUGUACUGUAAUAGGUUUCAGUCAUCUAAGGAGAAUGGCAGUGCCUGUGUGUUUUUGAAACAUGACCUUUUUUGUACAGCCACUAUAACAUGUGUCUGCCUUUCUAGCAUCUCUGCACACGUGUCAUUGUGUACCGAUAGCCUGCAUUGUGUGAUUAUAAAAUGAUGCACAAUGAGUUUUUCAGAAAAUCUGAAUAAAAGUCAUCUCACAACAUCA